AUGUUCGGCUGGGAGGGUGGCAAAAAGAAGCCCCUGAAACAACCUAAGACGCAGGCCAAGGAAACCGAUGACGAGGAUAAGGUUUUCAACCAGAAACAGAAGGAAAAGCAGAAGAAACUCAAGGAUCUGAAAGUGAAGGCCACGGUGAAGGGCCCCCUGGCAACAGGUGGAAUUAAGAAAUCUGGCAAAAAGUAA